AUGAGCGUGGCGAAGGCGUCAGGGAAGAUGGUACGGGGACCGGUCGAGAUUGGGAAGGCCAGGCCCCCGAGAAUCUCGGCUCUCGGCGCCACGGCGGCUGCCCAGCCGGCGAAAGAGAUCCCGGAGAUCCUAGUGGACCCGCGCACACGGCGGCGCUACCUGCGCGGCCGCUUUCUGGGCAAGGGAGGCUUUGCCAAGUGCUUCGAGAUCACCGACCCGGAGAUGGAAAUAGCGAUUCACCGCAGCCUCGCCCAUCAGCAUGUCGUUGGUUUCCACGGAUUUUUCGAGGACAGUGACUUCGUGUUCGUGGUGCUCGAGCUUUGCCGUCGAAGGUCUCUCCUGGAGCUGCACAAACGAAGGAAAGCGCUGACCGAGCCCGAGGCCCGCUACUACCUGCGGCAGAUUGUCCUGGGCUGCCAGUACCUGCACCGAAAUAGGGUCAUUCACCGGGACCUCAAGCUGGGCAACCUCUUUCUGAACGAAGAUCUGGAGGUGAAAAUAGGGGAUUUUGGCCUGGCCACCAAAGUUGAGUAUGAUGGGGAACGGAAGAAGACCCUGUGUGGGACUCCUAAUUACAUUGCUCCCGAGGUGUUGAGCAAGAAAGGGCACAGUUUCGAGGUGGAUGUGUGGUCCAUUGGAUGUAUCAUGUAUACUUUGUUAGUGGGCAAGCCGCCUUUUGAGACAUCAUGUCUGAAAGAGACCUACCUCCGGAUCAAGAAGAAUGAAUACAGUAUUCCCAAGCACAUCAACCCUGUAGCAGCCUCCCUUAUCCAGAAAAUGCUCCAGCUGGAUCCCUCUGCUCGCCCGAGCAUUAACGAGCUGCUCAACGAUGACUUCUUCACUUCUGGUUACAUCCCUGUCCGUCUCCCUGUCACCUGCCUCACCAUCCCACCUAGGUUUUCGAUUGCUCCCAGCAACCUGGACUCCAGCAGCCGGAAGCCUCUCACAGUCCUCAAUAAAGCCUUGGAGAACUCUGUUCCUGAGCGUCCCCAGGAAAAGGAAGAACCAGUGGCUCAGGAGGCCGCGGAGGCGAUUGACUCUCACCUUCAGGACUUGCUGCAGCAACUACACAGCGUCAAUGAGGCCAAGCCCUCCGAGCGUGGGCUGGUGAGGCAAGAGGAGGCUGAGGAUCCCGCCUGCAUUCCCAUCUUCUGGAUCAGCAAGUGGGUGGACUAUUCAGACAAGUAUGGCCUCGGCUAUCAGCUGUGUGACAACAGUGUGGGCGUGCUCUUCAAUGACACGACACGCCUAAUCCUCUACAAUGAUGGCGAGAGCCUGCAGUACAUCGAGCGGGACGGCACCGAGUCCUACCUCUCCAUCAGCUCCCGACCCAACUCCUUGAUGAAGAAGAUCACGCUUCUUAAGUAUUUCCGGAAUUACAUGAGCGAGCACUUGCUGAAGGCCGGUGCCAACAUCACGCCCCGAGAAGGUGACGAGCUGGCCCGGCUACCCUAUCUGUGUACUUGGUUCCGAACACGCAGCGCCAUCGUCCUGCACCUCAGCAAUGGCACCGUGCAGAUCAACUUCUUCCAGGACCAUACCAAGCUCAUCCUGUGCCCGCUGAUGGCAGCCGUGACCUACAUCAACGAGAAGCGGGACUUCCGGACGUACCGCCUGAGCCUCCUGGAGGAGUAUGGCUGCUCCAAGGAGCUGGCCAGCCGCCUGCGCUAUGCCCACACCAUGGUGGACAAGCUGCUGAGCUCACACUCCGCCAGCCAUCGCCUCAAGGCCUCCUCGUAGGCCUGCCUCCCUCAGGACUGGUGCCCCUCUUCACUCCCUCCAGCACCCUGGGGCCUACAGCGGGUGUGGUUUAACAUGCCUCCGAGCCCUGGGGGCUGGGGAGAGAGCUCCAUCAUUCUUGUAGGGGAGGGUUGCUGUGUAAGUUAUUUUUUUUUUUUUUUCACAUGUUCAGGUGUGGGUCCUAUAGCCCUUUCCCCUGUCCUGUUUGCCCCAUCAUAUUAAUUGUACAGAUAAUUUCUAUUGAAUCUAUUGACUGUCCUAUCCUUUGUUUUGUAUACAUUAAACAUAUAUGAAUCUU